CUUGCACUCGUAAUUUUUACUUGUCAAAUUUCCUCUCUGUUUUUUUCUUUUGCGUUCAACGCCGACCCGUUCCGACUAAACCCUCGGUUCGCUCUAACCCGCCCCCCCAAGGCAGAAAAAACUAUAUGUCAAGCUCUCAGUCUCUGUGCACCCUGCGACAUUUUUCACUGUAAAAAAUAAAAAAAAUGAUUCAACAGGCAGAACUGUCUUCGUCGUCGUCCUCGUCGCCGUCGUCGACGUCGUCUCCUUUGUCUGAAUUGCGAGACACAAACAACACAAAAGACGCUGCUGCUGGCGGUUUGCGCCACUUCGUUUUCGAAAACGACUUUGAGACACGGCAUAUGGCCGAGUUGGAAAGUGGAGAGAGGCCCGUCUACUCGGGUCUUGAGGCGAGCCAAGGAGACCACCAGCAGCGGUCGUCACCAAGUGCAUUGGCCGGUCGACCUGGAUCGUCGCUCCCCGCGCAUCAAUACCCUCACCUCCCCCUUCCGACGCAUGCAUCGUUCCAAUCGCUCAGCCACCACUCGUAUCAGCAUGUGUCGCACGCACAGCGGCAAAGCGCAUUACCUAGGAUGCAGGCUGAAGAGGCCUCAGAUGACAGCUCCAGCGAACAAGUCUCUGAAACUUCACCUGACGUGCAUCGGUCACCGGUGACGACAUCCCAACAGCCUGUGGAUUUUGGUGGCAAUUCAGGUCCAGGGGCGUACGCAAACAGUCCCCACCUCCCACGAGAGCUGGAGCAUCAGGAACCCAUGAAACAACCUUCGCUGGAAUACGGUGGCGCCCAGCAGGACGAAAAUCAACGCCCCGAUCCCUCUUACCAACAGUCGCUGCAAGGUGCUGCUGUCAACCAAAUUUCUUUUCCGGCCGGUUUCAAUCCCACAGCUCGCCGGAGGUCUCUGUCGGCACCUCCAGGAGGACUAGCAAUGCAUCAGUUGACGGGUGAGUCCCAGCCGCCUUUCCCAGAGUUUACUGUCAAUAGCAUUGGGAUCCCCGUCGGAAUGCACCAUGCUGGAGACCCAAGCCGUGGAAUGCACCAAGGACGCUCGUACACGAUACAUCCUGGAGCACAAUUCCAGCAGAACCGUGUCCAGCGUUCGGCAGCUGGCCUCUCGAUUAUACCGCCAAUGAUGGACCCUCACGGCAGCAUACCUUCUCCCCCGCAAACACCCGUUAUUAGUCGUUCGCCGGGUCCACAGCAUGUUCGGUAUCACCCUGGAAUGCAGAAUACGGGCCCUCUCCCGUCAGUCAACAUGAUCCAUCCGACGCCCAUGUACAUGGCCCACCAGCCCAAUCUGUCAUAUCAUCACCAAAUGCACCCGUCCAUGGCCAACCAAAUGCACCCUGUGCCAUCAUCAUCUCAAGUGCAUCCAAGAGUCCACCAUCUCAUUUACGACCACAGCAACGGAACAACUCACCCAUCGCUCCGUUCGCCAAUGGAGAUGGAUACGUCACCACGAUAUCCUACCCCGCCGCCCCGCUCUUCCUCUGCACCGGUUCUGCACGGAACGGACAUGGCUGGACCAUACCAACCGAACACCUAUCACCAAGUAGAGAAUGUACCUCACCAAGCCCAAAAUCCCAUGCAUGGGGCUCCCGCUGCGGUCUUUGCGGAUCACCCCCACCACCAAAUGCAACCGCAUUCUGCCUUUGCACCUACCGAUCCACGAUCCCCUCACCAACAGCAAUCAUCACCUACGACACCCAGAAGACUGUACAAAUGCCCUAAGCCCUUUUGCACAAAGACUUACAAGAAUGCCAACGGUUUGAAAUACCACCUUGACCGCGGCAUGUGUGAAUAUGACACUGCGUCUCCCCCUUUCCAUCCACCACCUCCCCAACCACACCAUCAUCAACCAGUGGAAAUGGAUGUGGCCGCGGCUGGACACGUCAAGAUUGCGCACCGACCGUAUUGGUGUAAAGUCCCUGGAUGUGGAAAAAAGUACAAGAAUCUGAAUGGGCUAAAGUAUCAUGCUAAGGCUGUUCAUCCCGAGUUGGAUUUUAGGUCUGAGGUGAAGGGUGCCUUGUUGGGAGCUUAGCGGGUUGGGUAUCAACUGUUGUACUGAGAAACAUUUUUUUUUUUUCGUUAUCUGGAGGGCCUUUAUAGGAUAGUAUUAGGCUAGGAGUUCCUCUACUUGGGGUGGACGGAACAGAUUCUCUUUUUUUUUUUUCUUUUGAUAAUUACUGCUUUUUCUUAGAUUACAAAUGUAUACUACAUACAGCCCUUUUGUUUACAGCUUAUACCUCUACUAUAAGAAAUAUAGCGUAUAGACUGUCGUAUAUCUUCU